AUGGAAGAAAACCAGAAAUGGCUUGCAGGACCCUUAUGCGUUGCUCUGUGUUCAUAACAGAGCCAUGGAGACCUCUGCACCACCAAAAUCGAGCUCUCUAUUCGCUUCCGUCGAGAACCCCCGCCUCUGGAUUUCCAAGCCGUAAGUCGAGCUGCGGAUUUUGUAGAAGACGCAUUAGGGCUCGCGAUUUUCACUUAGCGAGACCAGGCCUCCUCAAUUGCUCUGCUUCUAGUGGUGAUAAUACCUCUCAAGCUUCCGAGGAUGAGCAGGACCAAGGGCCUCCCCAAGAAGCUGUUCUCAAAGCUAUUUCAGAGGUGUCUAAGACGGAAGGGAGGGUUGGGCAGACCACAAAUAUGGUCAUUGGAGGUACAGUAACGGAUGAUUCCGCUAACGAAUGGCUGGCUUUGGAUCAGAAGGUAAACUCAUACCCAACAGUUAGAGGGUUUACAGCGAUUGGAACUGGAGGUGAUGAUUUUGUGCAAGCUAUGGUUGUUGCUGUUGAAUCUGUAAUUCAGCAACCAAUUCCUGAGGGUCAUGUGAAGCAGAAAGUAUCAUCAAGGGGCAAGUAUGUAUCCGUCAACAUUGGUCCAGUUCAAGUUGUUUCCAGUGAGCAGGUCCAAGCUGUAUACAAUGCCAUGAGGAGAGAUGAUCGAAUGAAGUACUUUUUGUAGUAUGAAUUUCUUAUUGAACUUUUUGUUAGUUAUAGUGCUAAUCAUGUGGGGCCCUGUAGUUAUCUCUCUCCCUAAAUUUUCUUGACUGUCUCUCAGUUGUGGUCUUUGAUUAACCCUUAUGUUCCCGGUGAAGAAAUCAUGAUUCAUUACGGUCUGUUCCAUUGCUGCUCAAGAUGUAUAUUACAGUGAUUCGAUAGUGAAAAAUAGGCUGCAAAUUUAU